AUGCUCAUCGAGUCAAACGGUGUCAAGGUUCUCCUCGUUCUCUAUGACGGUGGCAGGCACGCCGAGGAGGUCCCUGAGCUUCUCGGAACCACUGAGAAUGAGCUUGGUCUCCGCAAGUGGCUCGAGGAUGCCGGCCACACUCUCGUCACCACCUCCGACAAGGAGGGCGAGAACUCAAGUUCGACCAGGAGCUCCUUCCACCCCGGAUACCUCAACGCCGAGCGUCUCGCCAAGGCCAAGAACCUCAAGAUCGCCAUCACCGCCGGUAUCGGCUCCGACCACAUUGACCUCAACGUCGCCAACAAGACCAACGGCGGCGUCACCGUCGCCGAGGUCACCGGCUCCAACGUCGUCUCCGUCGCCGAGCACGUGCUCAUGACCAUCCUCGUCCUCGUUCGCAACUUCGUCCCCGCCCACGAGAUGAUUGAGCGCGGUGACUGGAACGUCGCCGAGGCCGCCAAGAACGAGUACGAUCUCGAGGGCAAGGUCGUCGGCACCGUCGGCGCCGGCCGCAUUGGCGAGCGCGUCCUCCGCCGCCUCAAGCCCUUUGACUGCGGCGAGCUCCUCUACUACGAUUACCAGGGCCUCUCCGCCGAGGUCGAGAAGGACAUUGGCUGCCGCCGCGUCGCCACCGUCGAGGAGCUCGUCGCCCAGUGCGACGUCGUCACCAUCAACUGCCCCCUCCACGAGACCACCCUCGGCCUCUUCAACAAGGACCUCAUCGCCAAGAUGAAGCCCGGCUCCUGGCUCGUCAACACCGCCCGCGGCGCCAUCGUCGUCAAGGAGGACGUCGCCGAGGCCCUCAAGAGCGGCCACCUCCGCGGCUACGGUGGUGACAACCCCUUCGGCGGCGGCAACGCCAUGGUGCCCCACGUCUCCGGUACCUCGAUCGACGCCCAGAAGCGCUAUGCCGCCGGUGUCAAGAGCAUCCUCGACAGCUACUUCUCCGGUCGCCACGACUACAGGCCUGAGGACUUGAUCAGUGCAUCGCCCAGGGCCACACCCCUUUGGGGCGGGCAUCUUCCGGAAGUCCGACUUCUCCCCGUGGCGGUGUCCAGCAACAAGGACCUGGAGUCGCCCGUCCUGCACGCGGAAGUCAACUGCAUAAACCAGUUUUUCAAGCUGCCGGAACCCGCGCGCCCGUCCGUGGACGACGCCCUCUUCAUCUCGACCCACGAACCGUGCUCCAUGUGCCUAAGCGCGCUGGCCUGGGCCAACGUGAAAACCGUGUACUUCACAUUCACGCACCAGGAUACCAGGGACAAGCUCGGCAUGAAUGAGGACAUUGAUAUCAUUGAAGAACUCUUCCUCGACCGAGGGGAUCGAGAGGCGGCAGGAUCGGAAACAGAUGGGCCCCGGUAUAAUAGACGAAACAAGUUCUUUACUGCGGCUCCGAUUAGUAGCCUCUUCGACGCAGUGGCAGAUGAGACCCUCAAAGAUGGGCUAAAGGAUAGAAUGAACCAGCUACAAAAGGCCAUGCUUUCCGCGUCUAGUACUCUACAGACAACGGGCAAAGACUGA